AUGAAGGGACUCCUUGGACUUCUGUUGGCCGCCGUCGCGGUCGCGGCCCAGGACUGCAAAUGCCUGCCUGACGACUCCUGCUGGCCUUCCAUCUCUCAAUGGGAGGCACUCAACUCGACCGUUAGCGGUCACCUUGUGGCGACUGUUCCACUGGGCUCGCCUUGCCAUGAACCCGACUACGACAGCGAGAAGUGCGCCUAUCUCCAGAGUGAGUGGCAGUAUGCUGGAAUUCAUAUGGACGACUCGUCCUCGGUCAUGGCUCCCUUCUUCGCGAACCAGAGCUGUGAUCCUUUUCAGCCUCAGAGUCGGACCUGCGAGCUGGGCAAUUACGUGGUCUACUCGGUGCGCGCAGAGUCAGCCGCGGAUGUCCAGGCUGCCAUUGCCUUUGCCCAGGAGCACAGCAUCCGCUUUGUCAUUCGGAACACCGGCCACGACUAUAACGGCCGAUCCACCGGCGCAGGCGCUCUGUCUGUCUGGACUCACCAUAUGAAGGACAUUGAGAUCCUAGACCGGACCGACGGUAAAGCGCUCAAGGUCGGCGCCGGUGUCCAAGGAUUCGAGGCCGUCGACGCGGCUCAUGAAGCCGGUCUUGUUGUUGUCGGUGGCGAGUGCCCUACUGUUGGCUUGGCAGGAGGCUACACCCAAGGCGGCGGCCACUCGGCGCUGUCGACCUCCUUUGGCCUCUCUGCUGACAAUGUCCUUGAAUGGGAGGUCGUCACUGCCGCCGGGGAGAUUGUCAAGGCCAACUGCGAGGAGAAUGCAGAUCUCUACUGGGCCCUUAGCGGAGGAGGUGGCGGUAACUGGGGUGUCGUGACCUCCAUGACCGUCAAGGCCCAUGCGGAUGCUGCUUGCAGCGGCGCCUCAGUUGUUAUCAUGUCUGCCGAGAAUGAGGCGACUGCCUUUUACAAGGCCAUUGAUGCGUUCCACGAGGAGCUGGCUGACAUGGUAGAUGCUGGCGCCCUUGUCAUCUACUACUUCUCCGCCGACUUUUUCCAAAUCGCCCCUCUCACUGCCUACGAUCAGACCGAGGCCGACGUGCGCAACAUGCUCUCGCCUUUCAUCCGCCGCCUGACGAGUCUCGGCAUCACCUACACAGAGACGUAUUCGGAGGCGCCCGACUACCGAACCCACUUUGAUCAGUACUUUGGACCUCUGCCCUUGGGCAACAUCCAGGUCGGCAUCGCGCAGUAUGGCGGCCGUCUCAUCCCCCGUGACUCGAUCAACAACAUCACCUCAUUCACUCGCCUCAUCGGUUCUACUCCCGGUGCCAUCUUUAUCGGCGUGGGCACCGACGUGAGCCCCUUCGCCGCCGGCAAAAGCAACUCUGUGCUCCCCGCCUGGCGCGACGCUCUCGUCCACGCGACCCUAACAACCCCCUGGGACUUUAAGGCUCCUUGGGAGGACAUGAUUGCCAAUCAAGCGCUCAUGACGAACGAGCUCAUGCCCGCAAUCGAGGCACUCACGCCGGGCAGCGGUGCGUACAUGAACGAGGCCGACUUUCGCCAGCCAAACUUCCAGAGGGAAUUUUUCGGGAGAAACUACCGCCAACUGAGCUGCAUCAAGAGCAAGUGGGACCCCGAGGGCUUCUUCUACGCUUUGAAUGGCGUCGGGAGCGAGGAGUGGACAGUCUCCAUUGAUGGUCCUUCCCCCAGCACACCCAUAGACCCGUUUACAACGCCCGAGUACAUUGCCAGGAAAACCUGGACAACCUUGCUGCAGCAGCCCGCCACCCCUGACCCUGUCCUUUCACGACAACCUGCCAACGAUGCCGCAUCGGGCGAUCAGCCCCAGGUCGUGGAGAGUCACGAGGAAGAACAUCCAACAGCUAGCCAUGCACUCGCCGAGGAGGCACUUUCGACAGAGACGGAAGAGCAAGGCGUUAGCCAGGUGGACCAUGACCACACAGAGGUGAAGAAUCUGGGAUGGAAUGAUGAGGGCACCCCAAAGCCUCUGGUGGGGGGGAUUGCGAAUGAGGAGCUGUGGACGCUGAUGCGACGAUUCAACAAGCAAGUAUUCCAUGUCAAAAGUAUCGAGGAGCCACCCUUGGCCAGCUUGGACAUGAACAUUGCAGAAGGCGAGGAGUUCUCACCCGAGAAGCUGAGAGCGCAGCUGGAGAGGAUGUACAUGGUCAUCCUUGUCAGCCUGCUCUCGUUCUGGAAUCACAUUGUCCGACUCAGAUCGUGGCCGCCGCCAUCUCUCAUCGACUCGAAGACGGGGGGCCUACAGAAGCCGCCCGCCGGCGUUCUGGGUUCCGAUGACUCUGUGACUGGCGCUCCGGAAAAGCAUGAAGGCGAAGCCGUGGAGCAAGAGGCGCACAGUUUUGUCACCAGUAUCUCUACUUUGGUGAUCAGCACCGCAGCAGGCAAACACCCGCAAGGCGAUCCUGAGCACGACAAGAGCACCAACACUCCCGACCCUACUGACAUUACGGCUGAUGUCGCGCACGCAAAGGACAAGUCCGAUGGCAAUGAACCGACUCACGAGCACGACCGCACAAAGGAACCUGUGUCGAGGGCUGUCUGGAGCAAGGCAAGGCCAGUGAUGCACGCCAUGGCAGACUUUGUCGACACUUGGGAGCGCUUUGGCAAUGCUCUGGAUGCAACGCCUCCUUUCCCAUGUCAGAGACCGCGUCUGACCCUUGCCGCGUGCUUACUGCCUGUGCUCGUCGGAUCGUACUUGACCACGUCGUACAUCCUCCUCAAGGGGAUGGGCUUCGCCGUCGGGUUCGGAUUCUUCGGCGAUCCGGUCAUGACACCUGCCAUACAAUUUUUACACGACAAGGUUCCUAACUGGCCGAAGUACUUGGAACUGCGCCACACCGUUCUGCGCGGCAUUCCGACUAAUGUCCAACUCGUCGUCACUCUUUUGCGCAUUGGCGAGAAGAACCAAGCUCCGAUCCCACCUCCUCCCUCGUCCGAUGUACCCCCUCCUGUCGAGGCUCAUCCGACCGCUGGGCAGGAUCUCGAUCAUCUAGCGGUCACCGAAGAGGAGUUGGAUGACGCCGUGAAACCAAGCGAGAGUCCACCGGAGGAGGACGCCAACGAAGGUGCCGUCGCCGGUGCCGAUGCCUAUGACGACCUGGGCAAGCAGAAGCCCAAAAAGGGGCGUCGGAUUUUGAACCUUUUCAAGGGUACUGCCAAGGGCGGCAUCCAAACAGCCCUGACAGCCGACAAGGCGAAAGCCAAGGUGGGCGCCAAACACGCCAAGAACCGUCUUGGUGCUGUCAGGGGCCCCAACCCGUGGCCUCCCAGGGGCCCAGUCACCUUCCCUGCUCGGUGCAGAGGUAAGAAGGGACAUGCGUACAUCACAUCAAGCGCGACAACGCCAGCUCUCAGCUGGACGGCGAGCAUUGACGACGUCAACCCAGCGUGGACGGUCGCCAUCGCCGACAUCUCGGAGCUCAAGAAGAUGGGCGGUCUGGGCUGGAAGAGCAAGCUGAUGGUCGGUUGGGCCACGGGCAAGGAGGUUGUGGAUGGCAUAAUCAUCCGAACCAAGUCGGGCGAGGAAUUCCAACUGACGGCCGUCACGAUACGAGACGACCUUUUCAACCGUAUCAUUGCCAUGGGAAGCCAAAUGUGGGAGGCGCGGUGA